AUGGCGUCAGAUAUGAUUGACCGAUCUAAAAAUCUACAUGUCGUGGACAAUGCCAGUGAGAGAGCGUGGUACAUCGUCGUGGCGGCACUCGGUGCUGAGGCGUAUGAAAUCGGAUAUCCAAAGGAAAAGGUUAACCGUCGAUCAAGAGAGCGUAUACUCGAGACACAAGAUCAAUGGCCAGCGAUUUCCAACGCCAUCCGUCUUUGUAUGCUAUUGAUCCCGGACAAGCUCAAAUUCACCGGCCAGUACCUCGAUUUUGGUACCCAGAGCAUGGGUUAUCAAUCUACACGCUCAACUCCACAUAAUCAUAGUGCGAUCUAUCUCACCACCAUGUUAUCCCAAGGACCGAAUAUGAUCGCCUUAAGACCUUAUGUAUUCGAAGCUUACAUGAGAAAGCUAAUCAGACUAGCUGAAGGCGGAACGCAAGAAACCAACGCAUCUAUUCCAGAAGAAAUGAUGUCCAAGAUAGGACAAUGUUUCAAAGCCGCCGACGCCGUGCUCAACGUACACGCCAACUGUCACGACAGCUAUUACAAGUACAUUACCCCUUACGUGGCGGCAGUAACGUGGGGAGCCGCGACAGUCCAGCUGCUUCGACAUGAACUAGAAGAGGACGAGUCACAGAAAAUGGUGAUCCGAUCCAAAUUUGAAGUCCUUCGAGCCACUCAUAAUCAGUUCAUACAAUAUUGGGGCAUGUCCCGGGUUCCCAGACAGAGUCUUGACACGCUCGAGCAACGGCUGGCGCAAUUUGCUGUCGCUUCAAGAGAUCUGGUGGUAAAUAGAGGAGGGGCUAGGGCUAAUGUUGCGCCACCAGUUAAUGGCGGUCGAGGGAGUAAGAAAUCAAAAUCUGCAAGAGAGGGACCUAAUCGAUAUAAUCAUACGGACAGGAGGAAUGGCGCAGGAGAACAAACGACCGGUUCAGAUCUAACCAACGCGGUCGCAACCGUUGCCGCCGCCUCCUCUAGUGCAGGAGUCUUUCGAGAGGAACAUACUCAUAACUCUGAUCCGUUCCAGCCAGAGGAAUUGGGAAUAGGAUUCUGGGAUGCCGCUGACUCCAAUAUGCCUGAAGUGAGCUUUCCAGAUAUGGAUGCCAAUUUGAAUCCCAUCGAUUGGGCAUCUUUCUUCACAAAUGUCGACGCUGCUGAGUACAUCACUGAUUGUGUCGACAUCUUUUCUGGCCCGGUCGCAGGAAGGUAA